UGCCCUGAGGAAGUGCAGGCUUUGCACACAAAGCUUCAUCCUGCUGUUUCCCAGGUGCUGCACAGGAGUCACAGCCUGUACAUCAUGCAGCUGGUGGCCAGCCUGGUGUCCGUCCUGCUGCUGGUGUGGAGCGUGAGAGCCACUGCCCUGCCUGGAGAAGAGAGACUGGCAAUACAGAGCACUCGGGAACAGAGCACAGUGAGGAAAGACGCCAUCCUGAAGAUGCUGGCGGGGCUGCUGGACAGCGUGGACGCGGGGCAGGAGCUGGGCUCCCCGGACACGGAGGGCAAGCUGGAGGAGGAGCGGGCGGUGCUGGGGCGCCUGGCGCAGCUCUCGCAGAGGGACCGCAAGGCUCCCUGCAAGAACUUCUUCUGGAAAACCUUCACCUCCUGCUAA